UUUAAAAUUGGCAAUGGUGACUUUUAAUACACAACAAGACAUCAAAACUGAAAGCUGUCUGAUUGUCUUUAAAUUUUAAUGGGAUAUUUAUUUUAAUGUUGAGAAAUUUUUCAUUGAUUGCACAUGUAAUGCUGUACAAAUAUCAGAAAUAUCAUAUUUUUAUUUGAAACGGAAACUCUAUAUAACAUUGUCUAAAAACAGUUGCAGUUUAUGAACUCAAAGCUCUUUUAAUUACAACCAUUUACUUAAUUACUUUUUUAGUUUAAAUAUGCUAUAAAGUAUAUUUGAAUUAUUUUCCUAAAAAUUAUUAGAACAUGUUUUUUAAUUGUUUUAGUUUAUGUGCAGUACUAGGUUAAGCGUUACCGCUUAUAAAUUUUAAAAAAAUGUUUGAAAUAUCAAAUACUAGUAGUAAAGACCUGUUUUUGGAACAGGCUAAAGCUGCUAGAUUAGAAAGAGCUUUAGAGAAAAAACGUGAACAAGCAACUUUAAUAAUACAAGCAUAUACUAGAGGCUACAUAUCUAGAAAGACCUUAAAGCAGAAUGUCAAAAAAGAAUUUGAUGAAACCUUUCUUGAAUUCACUGAAAGUAACAAGUUACCACCAGUCAUAGAUAUGUACAAAGUGAUAAGGAAACUGAUAUUUGUCAUCAGUGAAGACGUCUGUGAUAGAGAGAGAUUUGAAAAAGUUUGCAAAUAUAUCAUUGCUAGUCUUGAUAGUGACUCUUUAAAGAAAAGCUAUAUUGCUGUUGCUUUCAACAAGGAUCUGGCAGUUGGAUGGAUUCAUCACAUAAAAAUUGUAUUAUGGCAAUGUUGUGUAUACCUGAAAUCUUUAAAGCCUGAAUGGUCUCAAGAUGCAAAAGCCAUGAUGUUGUUCCUUCAUAUGCUUGUUUCAUUUACCAGCAUUGGAACGUGGAAAGUACUCAAUAAUAAACAAGGAGAAGCAUUAAAACCUGCAAUGAACCAACUAUGUGCUAACAUUAUGGGCUUUUUAGUUUCUAAAGGGCUUUAUAGUAUACUUCAAACUGUUUUGCUGAGAGGUUUAGUUCGAGUAAAACCAUGUUUAAAGCGAGCUACUCUUUUAGCUAUCACUAAUAUAUCAACUCGGCCUUUAGCAUCAUCUCAAUACUCAAAUAACCUACUAAAUUUAUUCCUCCUUCAUAUUGUGUCUGUUCCUGCUCUUGUUUUACAUUUUCAUAACUCUGCACCUGAGUGUUUAGGUAUUUUUUCUAGCAACAACAUUUUCAAACAUGCUAUUGACUUACUGGUAUCUGAGCAAAAUACCAGAAUUUUGUUUAAUGCUCUAGAGGGAAAUUAUGCACUUUGUCUUAUAGCUAAUUUGAUACAUUUAGGUCACUCUGACAUUGAAUGCCUUCAGUCCAAUUUGUUAGAUUUCAUUAAUGUGAUCACUAAAAUAUUAGAGAGCUGUCAAAAAUAUGUUGUAAACAAGCAGUCAAACUUAACUCACUGGCAUCCAGUGUUAGGCUGGUUUGCUCAAAAAGUAGAUCAUGGGCUCCAUGAUUCCCUUUCACUUGUUAAGAAGCAAAUUCAACUCCUGUGGAGUGGACCAAUGAUAAAAGCCAUGUUUUCUCACCUGGUAGACUCUGUCACAAAUGCACCUCAACCAUCUAGCCCCACCGCAAAUAAUCCUGCUACUUCACCUGUUCAAAAUUCACCUUUCAAAACAAAUAUUUUCAAGAAGGCCUUAGAAAAAGCAUCAUCUAGUCGCACAAGCAAUGUGAGAUUCAAAAGACUAGGUAGUCCUGAAACCACAUUAGUAGCACUUACAUGUAAUCUCUAUGAGACUGCUCUUGCUACCUUAAGUCAGAUGAAAUUAGACAUUCUUACUGGUCUCUGUUAUCAAGACAUGGUGCUACCACACUUGUGGAAGUUCAUAUGCAGUCUUGGAACUGGAAAUGGCCUAAAAGCUUUUCUAGAUCAUCUUGCUGUCACAACAAAAACCUGCAGUCCGGAAUUCCAGAUAUUGGUCUUAUUUUGUGAUUGUGCAACCCACCUCAUAACGAUUUUAGAUGAUGUUGAACUCUAUGAACAACAGAAGCCUUUUUGCCUGGAAGAUUUAGUAUCAAUAUCAUCUUUUCUUAAUCAACUUGUGUUUAAACUUAUUUGGAACAAUCUGAUUGAUUCAAAAGCUGUGAAAAGCAAUGCCUUGCUGAAUUCAGCCCACACACUAUUAAUGCUUCUUUAUAAAAGAGACUGCAGGCACCCUUAUACUCCAGCUGAUCAUUGGCUUAUAAAAGAUAUUAGAGUCAGUUCUUUUAUGAAUGAUCUGGAAAAGGGAAAAAAAGCUGCACAAGUAUUAAUGCAAAAAGUACCUCACAUCAUUCCUCAUAAAGAGAGAGUCGUCUUGUUUAGAAAAUAUGUAAACAAUGAAAAAGAAGUGCUGGGUCUCACAGAAUCUGCUUGUGCAUCACCACAAAGUACCUUGAUUACUGUUCAUAGGUCACGAAUUGUCGAGGAUGGAUAUCAGCAGUUGUCAAUGCUACCUUCUCAAUCUUUAAAAGGUGUUAUUCGAGUAAAAUUUAUAAAUGAACAAGGCUUGGAUGAAGCUGGCAUUGAUCAAGAUGGUGUUUUUAAAGAGUUCUUAGAAGAAACUAUAAAGAAAGUCUUUGACCCUUCGCUUAAUUUAUUUCGUGCUACAAGUGAAGAAAGACUUUUUCCUUCACCCACCUCAUAUAUUCAUGAAAAUCAUCUCUCACUUUUUGAAUUUGUUGGGAAAAUGUUGGGCAAAGCUGUAUAUGAAGGCAUUGUUGUGGAUGUACCAUUUGCAUCAUUUUUUCUAAGUCAAGUUUUAGGUCAUACUCACAGUGCUUUGUACAGUUCAAUAGAUGAGCUUCCAUCAUUGGAUCCUGAACUCUAUAAAAGUUUGACAUACAUAAAGCACUUUUCUGGAGAGCUACAUGAUCUGGAUUUGACAUUUUCCAUCGAUGAAGAUUGUAUGGGACAGCUAGUCACACAUGAACUUGUCCCUGGUGGUAAAGCAGUUCCUGUAACUAGUGAAAAUAAAAUCAGUUACAUUCAUCUUAUGGCCCAUUUCCGAAUGCAUGUACAAAUCAAUGACCAAACCAAUGCCUUUAUUAGGGGUUUUCGUUCAAUAGUAAAUCCUGACUGGCUGACAAUGUUUUCAACGCCAGAAUUGCAACGACUUAUCUCUGGUGAUAACACGCCUGUAGACCUUGUUGACUUGAGGAAACACACAAAAUAUUUUGGAGGAUUUCAUAACAACCAUAGAGUUAUAAAUUGGCUGUGGGAUGUUUUAGAAAAAGACUUCACCCAAGAAGAACAUAGAAUGUUUUUAAAGUUUGUCACCAGUUGCUCAAAACCUCCGCUUUUGGGAUUUGCCCAUUUGGAACCAGCUUUCUCCAUUCGUUGUGUAGAAGUCAGUGACGAUCAAGACACGGGGGAUACAGUUGGAAGUGUUCUUCGAGGUUUCUUUACUAUCAGAAAGAAGGAUCCUGUCAAUCGAUUACCAACUUCGUCCACUUGUUUCAAUCUCUUAAAGCUUCCUAACUAUCAAAAGAAAAGCACACUUCGAGAGAAGUUGCGCUAUGCAAUUACCUGCAACACAGGUUUUGAACUGUCUUAAAGGACAAGUCCUUCCAUGUAUUUAUUUCCACCGCACCAUUUAGUUUUUGCACUUGUAUAUAGUUUAAUAUUUUUGUCAUUUUGUACUGUGGUUAUAAAUUAAUCAAAUACAUUUUACAUCGAAAAUGUUUCAUUUGUAAUUUUUUCAUUUCUUCUGAUUUUAAGAAAGAGUAUUUUUAGUAAUUUGAAAGGAUGUAUUUUGGAAUAAUAUAUGCUAAAAUAGAUUUGAACUACUACCUUAAAACCUGAUGACAUUUUAUUUUUUCUACUUAGUAAUUUUAGCUUACUAAUGUUUUAUAUUCAUCUAUUCUGUACAAUUUAAAUUACUGACGACAAUUGCAUUCAUAAUAGCUAUUGAUAGAAAUUUCCCACUGUUCUAUGUAUGAAUGUUAUUUUUUUUAAGGGUCGAUUUUACUUUUUCAUUAUUAGCUUGUUUUUUUAUUGUCUCUUGUUGUAAAA